GGAUGACGUCACAUUGAUUCUCGACUUGCGUUGAAACGAAACCGAAAGAGUUCUAAGUCCAUUACACAAGUCUAAACUCUUUUGUGAGACGCGAAGAAAAGACUUUCAGAAGCCCAUCCUUCUUAAGGCAGCAUCUAUCCACGAAGAUGUCUGAUGAGAAAUUCUCCCUGGUGACCACAAAUGGUGAUGUGUCCACAGUCACUUCUUUGGAUGAGGUCAUGCAAGAAAUUAAAAAGCAAAAGGAGUCAUAUACGAAGCUGCUGGAGGACCACAGGGAGCUGUCUAAAGAUGUGGAUAGUAAUGUGGACCUAACCAAGCAGUUUCAGAAGCAGAUUGCCACACUUACGGGGAAACUAGCGGAGGAAAAGAAGGAACAAGCCCGGAGUCUGGAACCACACAAGGGGGGCAGGAUGAGGACCCUGCAGGAUGAGGAAAGCAGGCUGAAGGCGGAGAUACAGAAGCUGGAUGAGGACCUGGUCUCCUUGGACAGGCUUACCCAUCAGCUCAAGCAGCGGACACAGGUGUCUACGGCAAUGCCUGAAAAGAGAGUUGUUUUCACCGGCAGUGUCUCUGUCGGGACGGAAGCCAGUGCCGGGGCUCAGGCAGGGACCAGUAGCAUUGACAUGAAGGUUCGAAUCAUGUACCCCAUGGAGGGUGGGACAGCACUGGUCACUUUCGAAGAUGAGAAAGUGGCUCAGAAUAUUGUGAGGAUGGAGCACCAUGAGAUUCACGUGGGGGAUUGUGUCCUGAGGCUGAAGGCCAAGCCCGUGCACUUCCUGAUGCCCAGCCGCAUAGAGAUGGACACCCAUGUGUGCCCCAGACGCAUCUUGGUCUCUGACCUACCGAAGGUGGACGAUGAGAGUCGACUGAUGGACAGGCUGGAGAUCCACUUCCAGAAGAAACGGAAUGGGGGCGGCGAGGUCGAGUCUGUUGACAUGCUGCACGACUCUGGGAAUGUGGUCAUCACUUUUAUGGAGGACAAUGUGGCAAAGGGCUUGACAGACACAAAGUACCACUACGUGGAUAAUAAGUACAAGCUGAGAGUGACACCAUUUGUCAAUGGAGAGAUCACAGAUUUACAGACGCGGAUGUCAGUGUCCCAACGCACUGUGCUGCUGACGGGCAUCCCCGACAUCAUGGAGCAGGAGAACAUGCAGGACAGCCUGGAGAUCCACUUUCAAAAGGGCGGUAAUGGUGGAGGAGAGGUGGACGCCUUUGUCUACAACCCCAUGGGCCAUAGAAAGCUGGCCAUUUUCAUGGAGGACUCUCCCAAGUAGAAAUAGAAGAUUUGAGAAAGGAACAGGCACACACCUCACAACCAGAUGUGCCUAACUGUUACCUCCCCCAUGCUCCACAGUCCACCCAACCCAGUACAUCUCUGAAAUACAGCCUAACCUGCUGGAUUUCUUUCUGCUGAUCUAGAAUGUAAAGUUUAUGGAUAAACUUUAGUGUGGUUGCUUCAACAGUUGUUUAGCUGUUACCAGAUGAAAUCUUAGAGAGCUGUAGCAUCUUCAGAUUUUACCAGUGUAGCUUUAUGAACAUUACAACCCAAUGGGAUUUUGUGGACUUAUCAAAAAGUGGCACCAAAUUGUGUCUUCCAAACUUCCAGAAAAAAGCACCCAAAUUAAACGUUGAAUAUCUCAGCCAUUGAUUUGUGUACAGAAAGGGCAGGCAACUCAAAAUAAAGAUUUCUACAGGAAAAUUACUCUGAUCCAAGGUGAAUAUUAGAAAGUUGGAAUGGCAUGUCUAGCUUAAAAGCUGUAAGUUUUGAAAUUUAUGCGGAAAGAAAAUAAUAGUAGUAAGCCUGCGACAGGCAGCUUUCUCAACGAUAGCAAUGUUGUGAAAACAUUGUGAAAAUCAUAACACCCAUUGGCCCUGCCCACUGAGAGACACAGUCCCACGCCUCUGCUUCUCCACACGCUAAUCCUGAGCGCGCAUCAAUGUUUCUAGCUGUGACUCCCAGGGAUUAAAUGGGAUGAAAUAUCACAACUGAAACUAUAAAAACAAUUUUGUUUUUAAAAAUUAGUAUUAUUUUCGCUAUGUACUACAUAUGGGCAGAGAGAUAUUUUAGCCUAAGUUUGUGGGUGAGACAUUUUCAGAUGCACCCUGUGGUGUGGGGAUGGCUGGUUUAAGCAGCCACACCUGCCCUGGGUCAAGCUAAUUAGACCUGGCCAAUUGGAUAAUUGGUUAAGAAUUAGAUAAUUGGCCAGGCUAAUUGGACCCAGGAACAGGAGUGGCUGCACCUGUGCGUAGUGAGGUAAUCACUGCGCACAGGUUAAAUCUGCCAUCCCCACCCACACCAGGGAGCUUUGGUCAUGACUGGGUUACAUCUGCUCACUUUGGCUAUAACAUCUUGCCAAACCCUCGUGAAAAUAAAAUCUGGACUGUUGGAACAUCAUCUCCCUGUGUCUCUGUGCUGGAGGGCCCCAAGGAAAGCCACUUCGGUGGCCUGUGGCAGGCGUGUUUGCCACACACCCAUUUUUUCAUUUUUAAAUACCCCCUUAUUUUGUACAUGUGUGUUUGUUGUAAUCUAGUUGUGGUAGUAUAAAAACCUUUUUGCUACAUUUUCAAGUUUUGCUUCACCUCUCCUUUCUGGAUGUGCUCUCUGUUUCCAAGAAAACUAAAAAGGUUUGCAUGUUUGGUGAUGCCAUGUGUACACACACGCCUGUGCAUUGGACACAGCCAAUUGUGCAAUUGAAAAUUUUGUUAUAUAAAUUUAUGAUGGUUGCCUGUUGUGUUGAAGCAACCACACUAAUAACUUUGAAAUGUGAGCUCCAAAACCGGCUGGAUACAUGAUCAUGAUGUUUUUCAUCAGUGGCAGUCAGUGGUGGGUUUUAAUUGCCAUGGUGUAGUCAUCCACAUUACUGAGUUGGACAUUGGUAUAAAUGCUCCCGUGUCUGUUUGUAACAUACAUGCUCGAAGUGAUGAUUUCCUUCAUUAUUAACAUUAUUUUCCAUUGCAUACCUAAUAAAGAGUAAUAUGUUUUAUCGAUGUGAUGUACAUAGCCUGCAUGAAAUUACUGCCAUUAUUACAGUUCUUCAACUGGAAAUGUUUUGUAAUCUAAAUUAUUUCUUUGUUUUAUACUAGCUGCUACCCUCUAAAAUGGAUACUAUGUCAGUAUUCAAAUGUUUUGGAAUUUAAAAUGUUCAAUAUCAUUCUUUAUGAUAAGCAUGUAAUACAACUUGUAGGCCGAAACUCUGAAGAUAAAAUCCUGGCCUGACCUGGCUGCCCAAACCAAUAACUAGCCCAAUUUGAGGAACAAACAAUAACAAACCAUAAAACUGUCUGUUGUCCUUUUAUUUAUGCAUUGGCUUUAUUUGUAAAGUAUAAUCACACAUAGGCCUACCCAGUAAUUUUGUCUUGGUUUCACAUUGGUUUUACAUUGUGUUUUUCCAAAGCUAGGAAAUAUUGGGCCAGUACCCUUACUGCCAUUAUCAUAGAUCAUAAAAAUGUAAGUCAUGACUAAGUUUGCUUGAGAAGGCCUAUUUUACCAUGAAGAAAUAUGAUUUUUGAUGGGAACCAUUUUAAGAUAGACGAUGACACGUCCAGAAGUGUGGUACAGUCUGUAGGGAGGCUGACUUGAGCCGCUUGCAGAUCCCCUCAGUCAUGGGCGGGGCUUCAGUCCCUUGUCACUGCACCUUUUGACCUGUGAUUCCUUCUCUGUUACCCUCUCUGCUUUCUGCUGCGUGAAUGAAGUAACAACAAAUAAACAUAUACUGUGAGCUCCAUGAAGUAUGGUUUUCUUAGUGAAAAAUGUGCUCUUGGUUAAAUUCAGAAAAACCUCUGAAAUAAGUAUAUCGUCCGGGGGUUUUAAGUACACAAUAUUUAGAGAAAAUAUUGCCUACUUAAUAACUUUCUCAUCCAGUGUACACAACUUAUAUACUCAAUAGUAGGCAAGUAAGCUGUUUCGGACAUGGCCCUGGUGUGCCCGUGUAAGGAGGUGUGAGCACUGUGACAGAAACAUGUGGACCAAAUAGCAAUGAAAAAUAAUUUUCUUCUGUGGGGCUCAGGAAAACAAAAAAAUCUGUCCCUGAAGAAUAAUUAGUUCAGUGUGAAGAAAUUUUAGAAUUUAAAAGUAUUGGUCAAAAUAAUAUAAUUUGUCCAGGGUAAAUUCAUAGUUUUGAAUGGACUUCAAUUAGGAAAUUUCUUUUUUGGCACCAGAGGCUUAUUAAACUGCAAUACCUCUGGUAACCACUGGAGUUUGUGAGCUUCAGGGAGGAAUGUCAGUCCCCGGUCCCCUGGGCUCAGUCCAUCCAUCAUCCAUUGCCCAUCAACCAAUCAGAUGUUUGUUACUGAAGUUUGUUUAGGAUUCAUAUUUUGUGUUUGUCAAAGCACUGGACUGCAGUGGCUUAAUCAAAAUUAGAGACCCAAAAGCAUAACGAUGCUGAAGUUGGUGUCAUGGUUCUGUGUUCCUGUCUGUGUUUCCCUUGUUGGGCCGCCAGAUGGCGACACUUCUGUUUUGUGUCCUGCUUGUACCCUGUGUAAUUGUAUGAUUGUCUUCAAUUGUUCAAUUAUUGGUUCCUGGUUGUCUCGUUUUCCCUUCCCUCUCUGUGGCCUGAUUGUUCAUGGUGCCCUCCUGUGUCUCUUCAGUGUCUGUUCUAUUUAAGUUCCUUCCUUCUUGACUCAGGUGCUGGAUCCUUGGUUGUUGGGUUGUGUUUCUGGUCAUGUUCCUGGUCAUGUUUAAGUAGCUCCCUGUGUGUUCUGUUUUCCAUGCAUUUGUGAAAUUUUGGAUUUUCUUUGUUCCCUGUCUUUGAACUUUUUCCCUUGUGUUUUUGAGAGUUGCCCUGCGAGGCUUUUUGUUCCCUUUUUGUCCUGUGUUAAGUAAAGUCUUUUGUUCAUCCCA